AUGAGCUGUGUUUUUUGUCAUAAUGUAAUCCAGAAAGCCAAUAACCGCCUACUUGUCGAUGGAAAGGCAAAAUUUGAUAUACGGACAUCUCUAUCGAAGCUUCCUUUCAACAUAGAAAUUGAUUCAAUUUACAUCUGUAGACCGUGCUUGGAUAAACUCAAGAAGCUAGAAAAUCUGAACAGGCAAUUGAAUGAACAUUUAGAAAAUUUAGAGAAUAUCUACAAAUCUAGAGAAAACUGCGCGAAAAAUAGGGAAGAAACGGAGCUCUCGGUGGAAUCACUUCAGCGUGCAGAUGCGGCAAAGAGACCAUGUGUAGAGCCUAUAUUCUUAAUACCACCUUUGUCACCAGUUUCAGACUGUUCAUCAAGAGAUAUCCUACAGUCGACUUCAUUAUAUAUUGCUCAUUCUACACCAAAAAAAGUUCCAUCCAACAGCGCAGCCACAACCAGUAGUGAUACCCUAACCCCAGUCGAGGUUUCAGCUGAAACAAGUACAAGUACAUCCACUGUUGUCACCGUUAAUAUACAAUAUCCUAGCCAAACAAGGGGAAGAAAUUUGCCAAAUGAUCUACAAUCCCUAGGUAAAAUGCUAGUACGUGGAACAUAUAAGCAAAUCGCUAAUGCUGCUUGGAAUAACCUUAAUCUUCGCAAGCAACUACAAAUUCUGGCAGUGAAGCAUGUUGAUAAUGAAUGCCAUAGUUUAUGCUCCAAGAAGAAACCAAGUUGUUUGCGCUCUCCAAAUAAAAAUCAACUGCUCGACUUUUUGUUUGAAAAGCUUGAAAAAGAACUCGAGCAAAGAGCUCCCUUUACCCAUGCAAUUUUGCGUACAUCUUGUGUAAACAAUAGAAACUGCAAUAAAAGAAGUGAAUGGGUCCCCUCUCUUGGCAUGGCUGCUGCAGUAAUCUUGAGAAAUAAGUCGUCGCACCUGAAUGCUGUGCAACUACUCUUGAGUAUCUUCUUAUAUCAUUCUAGUUGGUCGGUAUGUAUUAAUUUGUGUAUUAACAAACCCCUCUUUCCAAAUCAGGCCCUCUCAAAUACUUCUUAAUAAGCCUAUAUUAAUUAAAAUACAUUUCAAAUUUUCAAUGCACCCUACGUUAGUGUUUUAAUUUUAAUUAUGACAGACAAUUUUACUGGACAGAAAAGGCUCACAUUAUGCUAACAUUAUGCUGGAAGGCCAUUUUACUCUGCUUCUUACCGGUCUGUUAUAUUUCACCUAUAUCAAUAAGCUAACCUACCCCUCUUAUCGGCUUUCACGUAACGUCACUUGAGUUGAACAUGGCGUCUUAUUGGGUAUCACAUUGGUUUAUUUUAGCUGUUUGCAGCGAGUUUAAUAUGUUCUGUGUAAUGUUUUGAAAAUUUAGUUUCCUGUAGUAUGAAUAGUUUUACAGUAUCUACCGUAAUAUCACAAAGACUAAAGAAAAAAAAAUGUAUGGUUGCCUGGUGUUUUUGAAAAAUAAACCAAGAUGGUAUCAAUUUCAAAUUAAUGAGCAAUUGAUUGAAUAUACUACAUAGCCUGUGGCAUGAUUGUAAAUUUAGCCUAUUCAAACAUGUCUGAAAUUUUAUAUUAUUUACAUAUAGCCAAUGAUGCGUAGAUUAAAGUCAUUACGAUUGGUUGUGUCACAUACUCAGCUUUAUCGAAAGCUGGAGGAAUAUGGCGAGGGUCAUGAUAAAUCAGUGAAGUCCAUGAUGCAGAAAGAACGUGAGUGGAUGGAAUCACAACAACCAACAUCUAUUGAUGACGAAGAGUCUGAAAAAUCUCAAUCCAGUGAUGACUCUUGUACUGAAAUUGAUCAAAUGCCUGAGUUAAGACAUGGUCUACUUCCUUCUCAUCCUGUUGGUCAAAAGAUCACCAUCGACAACAUCGAUUAUCGGCAGCAAGUCCAUUAUAUGACGCAAGAGCAUCAAACCGAAGAUAAACAUUACUUAACAGUUUGUGCUACAAGGAAUCGAGUAAAUGGUAAUCAUUUAAGCCACUUGCAGCAGGGUGAUCUAUUCAAUAAUAUGGAAAAUGUAUUCCAACUCAUAUGGAACAAAUUUCCCAACGAGAUGGCAUAUGGUAAAACGCGGACUAGACUGGACUGGUAAAAUGCCGACUGGACUCAAAUUAGUAAAACGCGGACUGGACUCAAAUUAGUAAAACGCGGACUGGACUCAAAUUAGUAAAACGCGGACUGGAUUCAAAUUAGUAAAACGCGGACUGGACUCAAAUUAGUAAAACGCGGACUGGAUUCAAAUUAGUAAAACGCGGACUGGACUCAAAUUAGUAAAACGCGGACUGGACUCUAUUAGUAAAACGCGGACUGGACUCUAUUAGUAAAACGCGGACUGGAUGUUAUGGCAUUAAUGGCUCAAAAUUAUCAGUAUAAUGAAGACCAAUAAAAUCGCGUGCAUCGGCUCCCAAAUCAUUUCAGACAUUGUUUUAACUCACCGUAAACUUUUUAUUAACGAUUGCUUGCAAUGA